AGUCUGGGCCUUUAGCUUGCCCUCCUCGUAUAUACUGCCCGACCAGGAGGAGACUGAGUUCGAGGAUGCCCUCAUUCGAGUGCCCGUCGACCCCAAGAGACUGGAUCUGGUGCCCACCUAUACCCAACAGCAGUUGGAGGAAGUUGUUGACGGGUGGAUGAAGUACCUCAAGAGGACAAUGAAAGGACUAAGCGACGCUAAGUUGGACGAGUUUACCCCGAUGGCCGAGUACCGCUACUGGCACAGAAUGGAAGUGGAGCUAUACGGCACCUUGGAGCAGCUGAAGACGGAGUUUGUGAUGGCUGUCUUGAAUCGCUUGGCCAGCGACAAGUCUACGGUUCUAGUCGAGUGGCAAAAAGUUCUCGAGCAAACAGAGAAUCGAUUUAAGUUGGCCAAGGAGAACUCUGAUUAUCUCGGUACCAUUACAGACUACUUGGAGAAAGUUCGCAGCUAUGAAAGCUUUAAGAUGGUGGUGCUGCAAAUCCCCAAUAUCAUGGUUGGACUGCGCCACAUAUGGACUAUGUCCAGCUACUAUUGCCGCGACCCCGAGAUGCAGGUCCUUCUCUGUCAAAUCUCCAAUGUUUUCGUCCAGAAGGUGAAGAGUAUCAUUAACUUUGAGAACAUUUUCAAAUACUCUGCCACUUACACUCACGAGACCGCCACCAACUGUGCCAAUCUGCUGCGUUGCUGGAAGCAGGCCUACAAGCUCAGUCGUCAGCAUAUUGAGGAUUCCGGAGCUGGCUCUCGCUGGGAAUUCGAUAGAGUGGCCCUCUUCAACGAAGUUAAUCACAUCCACCGAGUCGCCGUGGACAUCGCCUACGUGGGUCGUACCUUCAUCCAGUACGAGAAUCUUUUCGGUCAUCGUCUGAAAGCCUGUAUUGCCGAUCCUUCGAUCGUGGAUAAUCUGAUGCGCAAGGUGUACCGCAUGCUAGACGAUCUCAUCAAGACCGUGGACUACGACAUGUUUCAGCCGAGCAAUUGGGAGAACUGGGAGUAUUCGCUGGAAAUGUUCAAUAAACGUUUGGAGAACGUCGAAAACGAGGCCAAGAACGUAAUUGACCAAAGCAUAAACUCGCUGCUAUCCUCGGAGAAGGGUCUAGAUCUGGUGGUCAAUGCCAUGAACAUCGACACUCGGGAGACCUUGCAGGAAUUCAUGGCAACCAAGCAUGAAAACCUCCUUCGGUUCUUUGUCUCAGAAAUCAAUGUCGUGGAUCGUGUCUUCUCGAAAUUAAAAAAAUCGCCUCCCAUGGCCAAGCACCAGCCGGCUAAAAUUAGCGCCAUAUUCUGGGCCAGAUUGCUGGGAAAAAAAUUAAAGAACUCGGUCCUGGCAUUCAAGAAGGUUGAAGAUGAGCCGGCAAUCAAAAACAGUUUCUUGAAACGCAGCUCCUUCAAGCAGUACUUCGAGCUGAUGACCGUAAUGUUCCAGUUCGAGAAGGUACUUUUCGAAAACUUUAUCCAGAAUGCCACGUUUUUGGUUAACCAUACAAACCGCUCGAACAUACUGGCCGUUCGUAUAUGCAAGCGCGAAACAAUGUCUUACAUAUCCGAAUCAGUGCAAACGUUAAAGGCCAAGCCGCGGGAGUUGCAAAUGAGCAGCUCGAGGCGCAUGACGCCGACCAAAUCCGCCCUACAGCCUGUGCCAUCAGAAGCCCUCAGUGUUUAUAGCACAGCCGAUUCUUACGGAUCGGACGUAAGUUCCUCCGAAGAAGACGAAACCGCUUUAGUGGGGGACGUCUCUCAAAAGAAGCUGAUGUGCCGCAUCAACAAGUUGACAGUUUUGGUGGCCAUGAUCAUGUGGCUGGUCAGUAAUACGCGUCGAUCGAAUGUACAACUCCAGGAAUGCAUGGCCUUCAUCAAAAUGGUCAAGGAAAAGAAGCCCAAGGACGUUACUGCGAUGGAUAAACAUUGCAUACGAACGUGCGAGUUGCUGCAACGUGCCGAGUCCCAAUACCUGCUACCUAUUUGGCGGGAACUGGUGUCCGACAAAACUCUCAUUGAAUACGAUAUGGACUUUACGGUGAACCUGCAACGCGAUGUAUUCGACACAUUGUUCGAAGCACAGCAGUUUGAGCAUCUGGGAUUUACGCUGCCGGCGGUGCUGCGCACAGCCAUCAUGAAAAAGGAUCUGCUCUUCAAGGACUACGAACGGAUGAGCGAGGUGAUAGACCGUUACAGGGCAAUUAUUAAUAACCUGUCGAUGUCCGAAGUGAUCUUUCUGCGCGGACACAUCUACGACACGGAGCUCUUUAUCCAGAUGGGCGUGGGUCGGUAUACCUGGACGUCGUUUAACAUCGGAAAAUUCUGCGAUCAGAUCAACUCCCAGUUGCGGAAACUGACCUCCAUCGUUUCGCAGAUCAACUUUAUUCGCCUCGAUCUACGAUCGCGCAUUGACCAGAUCAAGAGCUUCAAUCUCUUUAAUCUGGACUCCGAGCUGGAGGCCUCACGCGGCUCCCAAGUAUUUGACAGACAGUCAGUAGCGGUGGAUAAAAAAUCCACCGGAGGUCAAAGAUUAUUUAAAUCUUCGACUGGAGAAAAUAUAACUGUGUUUACAGUGGACAGCGAAGCUCCUGGCCAGCAGAAAAAAGACGAGCUGCAGAGCUGCGGCACUGGAGUCUACCCUUGCCAGGGCUACUUCGAACUUCUAGAGGCGUCGCGGAAUCGCAAGACAGCGCAAAUGAAGAAGCUGUACGAUUCCUUGGGUCCGGUCCUCAUCAAACUGGAGAGCUUGGUUUUAGGCACCUUCUCGGGCAGAUCAGACCGCAUGAAAACCUACUAUGAGUUCUGGGAGGAGGAGACCUUCAAAUGCAUAGUGGAGAUGACUUACAAUAAUCUCAAGUGCUACAUAAACCGCCUGCUGUCUGGGACUCCCAUGUUUGAGGUGAAUGCUGCACUCCUCAUGUCGGAAAUUGUGUUGGAACCGUCAGUACAGGAGUUGCAAAACACAAUUGUGACUGCCACCAAGGACUGCAUUUCGCGCUUGCGAAUCUUUACGCGAUGGAUGACUGGCACCUGCCUUUCCUGCCCGCAGGUGGAAAUGGGAAAGCAGUUCAAAUUUAACUAUACCUACUACGAAGACAUCAUACAGAUUAGAUCCAUAGUGGAAUUGGUUAUAAAUAUUCACGACUUGGCACUUAGGAUUGCCGGAGAAGCUCGCGCUUUUGUCUCCCAAUUCCGCAAGUAUUUCAAUCUGUGGGCGUACGAGAAGAACUUCAUCUGCCAGAAGUUCGUUGAGAAGCAGGUGACGCUCGUCGAAAUCGAUGAGAAAUUUACAUUUUACUCGUCCAUUGUGGAAACGCUGGCCAACAUGCGCAAGUACCAGGAUAUCAAGUGUGUGCGCAUAAAUUUGCAGCCAUUGCUGGAUAGCAUAUCGGUACAUGCCAAGGAAUGGUGCACCAUCCUGGGCGAGGAGCUGUUGCGUCAUGUCAACGAAAACAUGAGGGCAAUGCGUAACGAAAUCAAAACCCUGAGCCUGAAUCUUAACAAGACCACACGCGAGCUGGAGGACUUCAAGCUGGUCAUGCAAACAAUUGCCACAGUGCAGUCGACGACUCUGACCAACGAGCAGAAGAUACAUGAAAUGCAAGAGACCUUCACCAUACUCAGCGAACACAAGAUUAUGUUCCCCUACGAGGAUAUGCUGAUGGCGCACCACCUGGAGAAGCGCUGGAAGCGACUCUUCCUGUCGGCCUUGUAUCGCUCGGAGAAGCUGCAACCAAUUAAGCAAAAGUUCGCCGACAUGACUUCCGUCGAAAUCAAUGAAUUCUGCGAUGACUUGGGAGAAUUUAUCAAGGACUAUGACGAAAAUGGACCUGGCUCAGUUGGAGCUGAAUUAGAUCGAGGAGUGCGGCUCAUGGAUCCUUAUGGCCAGAAGAUCGCUGAACGCGAAGCUCGACGAGAGGAGCUGGCCAAUGCUGAGCGUCUCUUCGACAUGCCAAUGGUCGACUAUCAUGAGUUUGCAAGAGUCCAAACCGAGUUUGAAGGUCUGCAGCAGCUCUACAAAUUAUAUAAAGCCCAGAAAUUCGCUCGCGAGGGCUGGGGCAAAACCUUGUGGGCCGACUUGGAUCCCAAUGUGCUGACCGAGGGCGUUGAGAGCUAUCUGAAGGAGUUCCGGAAAUUGACCAAGGCGGUACGCACCCUGCCCACCGGAGUGCAGCUGGAGAUCCACAUGAAGCAGUUCAAGGGCACGGUUCCGUUGAUGGUCAGCCUCAAGCACGAGGCUUUGAGGGAGCGCCAUUGGCUUCAGUUGAUGGAGAAAACCGGACAGUACUUCGACAUGUCGCCGGCUCGCUUCACGCUGGAGAACAUGUUCAACAUGCAGCUGCACAAGUAUCAGGAUAUUGCCGAGCAAAUCCUUACCAAUGCCAUCAAGGAAUUGCAGAUCGAACGCGGUGUCCAGGCUGUGGUCGAAACCUGGGCGUCUAUGGCGUUCAAGACCUUCAAACACUUCAAAGGCAGCGAAGAUCGCGGCUGGGUUUUGGGACCUGUCGACGAAAUCAUGCAAAUACUCGAGGACAAUGCCAUGAAUCUUCAGUCCAUGGGAGCAAGUCAGUUUAUUGGUCCGUUCCUGGAGACGGUGAAUAGGUGGGAGCGCACCUUGGCCCUCAUCUCAGAGAUAAUCGACGAAUGGCUGGUGGUGCAGCGGAAGUGGCUCUACUUGGAGGGUAUUUUCAUUGGUGGGGACAUCCGCACCCAACUGCCGGAGGAGGCGCGCAAAUUCGAUGACAUUGACAAGUCAUAUCGCAGGAUCAUGGUCGAUUGUGCCAAAAAUCCGUUAGUGGUGCCAUUCUGUACAGUGCCCGGACGCUUAGUGGAAAUACAAGGUUUGGGCAUUGGCUUGGAAAAUUGUCAGAAGUCGUUAAACGAAUAUUUGGACUCGAAGCGUCGCAUUUUUCCGCGCUUCUAUUUCAUAUCCACCGAUGAGCUGCUCUCCAUUUUGGGCAGCAGCGAGCCAUCUGCAGUGCAGAACCACAUCAUUAAGAUGUACGACAAUAUCAAGUCACUGCGCUUGGUCAAGGAGGGAAGCCAGACCCUUGUUACCGCCAUGAUUUCCAGCGAGGGCGAGGUCAUGGAGUUCCGGCGCUCUGCACGGGCAGCGGGUCGAGUGGAAUACUGGAUGAACGAUGUGCUGGAUGAAAUGCGUCGCUCCAACCGAUUCAUAAACAAGACGUCCAUCUUCGACUUUGGCACAGAUCUGCAAAUUGCAAGACCGGACUGGCUAAUGAACUACCAGGGCAUGGUGGGCCUGGCCGCCAGUCAAGUGUGGUGGACCGCCGAGGUGGAGGAGGCCUUCGACCAGGCCCAGAACCACGGAAACAUGCGUGCCAUGAAAGACUUUCUCAACAAGAACAACUACCAGAUCGAGGAGCUGGUCCUGAAGGUGCGCUCCAAUCUCUCGCGCAACGAUCGCCUCAAGUUCAAGGCCCAGUGUACGGUGGAUGUACAUGCCAGGGAUAUCAUCGACAAUUUCGUGCGCGACAAUGUCCUAGACGCCACCGAGUUCAGUUGGGAGAGUCAGUUGCGCUUCUACUGGGUGAAGUUUUAUGAUAACCUACACGUGCUCCAGUGCUCCGGCAGUUUCGACUUUGGCUACGAGUACAUGGGUCUUAAUGGCCGCCUGGUGAUCACCCCGCUGACCGACCGAAUCUACUUGACAAUCACUCAGGCGCUGCUGAUGAAUCUGGGCGGAGCACCGGCUGGACCUGCCGGCACGGGCAAAACAGAGACCGUCAAAGAUCUGGCCAAGGCCAUGGGACUCCUCUGCGUGGUCACCAACUGCGGGGAGGGCAUGGACUACCGGGCUGUGGGCACGAUUCUGUCUGGCUUGGUCCAAUGCGGUGCCUGGGGAUGCUUCGACGAGUUCAACCGCAUUGAUAUCUCCGUGCUCAGUGUGAUAUCCACCCAAUUGCAGACCAUCAGGAACGGUUUAAUUCGAAAGUUGGAACGGUUCGUGUUUGAAGGCGUCGAAAUCAAACUGGACCCGAAGUGCGGUGUGUUUGUGACCAUGAAUCCAGGAUACGCCGGACGUACGGAAUUACCCGAGUCGGUGAAAGCCCUCUUCCGGCCAGUGACAUGCAUCAAGCCAGAUCUCGAGCUGAUCUGCCUGAUCUCACUAUUCUCCGACGGAUUCCUAACCGCCAAAGUUUUGGCCAAGAAAAUGACAGUGCUCUACUCUUUGGCCCAGGCACAAUUGUCAAAGCAGUGCCAUUAUGACUGGGGGCUGCGAUCCCUAAACUCCGUGCUUAGGAUGGCGGGUGUUAUGAAGCGUCAAUCGGAGGAUCUUCCCGAGGCUGUGGUGCUGAUGCGUGUGCUGCGCGAUAUGAACUUCCCCAAGUUCAUCUUCGAAGAUGUGCCGCUGUUCUUGGGAUUAAUUAAGGACUUGUUCCCGGGCAUAGACUGCCCACGCAUUGGCUAUCCGGACUUCAAUGCUGCUACGAGGCAUGUGCUGGUCAACGAUGGAUACAUUCUGCUGCCCGAUCAGGAGGACAAAGUGGUGCAAAUGUACGAGACCAUGAUGACCCGGCACUCGACCAUGUUGGUGGGCCCAACAGGUGGUGGCAAAACUGUUGUCAUAAAUGCCCUGGUUAAGGCGCAGACCCACAUGGGCCUGCCCACCAAGUGCCUUGUGCUUAACCCCAAGGCCUGUUCUGUUGUUGAGUUAUACGGCUAUUUGGAUAUGGAAACGAGAGAUUGGAUUGAUGGAUUGUUUUCGAAUAUAUUCCGUGAAAUGAAUAAGCCCAUUGAGCGUGAGGAGCGCCGAUAUGCCUGUUUCGACGGAGACGUAGAUGCCCUUUGGAUCGAGAACAUGAACUCUGUGAUGGACGACAACAAGCUACUGACCCUGGCGAACGGCGAACGAAUCCGGUUGGAAAACUACUGCGCCCUUCUCUUUGAAGUGGGCAACUUGAACUACGCCUCUCCGGCCACGGUUUCUCGGGCCGGAAUGGUGUACGUGGAUCCGAAGAACCUGCGCUUCAGCCCCUACUGGCAGAGAUGGGUCCUCACUCGGCCAGAAGUACAGAGGGAACUUCUCGACGAAAUGUUUGAGAAGAUCAUCACGCAGGCCAUUGCCUUUAUUUUGGAGGGGCUCGAUGGCACCACGCAGGGCAAUCCCCUCAAGUUGGUUAUUAUGCAAACGGACCUCAACAUGGUGACCCAGUUCUGUAACUUCUACGAUGCACUGCUUCCCAAUUAUGGACCCGGGGAGGGCAAGAACUACGACGAGCCGGUGCUACAGGUUUACAAUACGGACACCUUGGAGUGUUGUUUCCUGCAAGCUGUCUACGGCUCUCUGGGCGCCUGCUUGCUGGAGAAACACCAGAUCAUUUUUGACGAGUACAUGAAGCGGAUUUCCGGCUUUCCGCUGGUAAGCGACACUAUAGACUCCCCCGCAUCGGGAGGACAAUUCCCGCAGGGCAGGCCAACACUCUACGACUACUUCUGGGACGUCAAGGAGAACGUGUGGAAGGCCUGGGAGUGGGUGGUCCAGCCAUACAGCCACGACCCCCUGGUAAAGUUCAGCGAGAUCCUGGUGCCCACCGUGGACAACACGCGCACCAACCGCGUCCUGGCCCUGAUGAGCGAGAUCAAACGACCCGUGCUGCUUGUCGGCGAGGCUGGAACAUCAAAGACGGCCACCAUCAUGCAGUAUUUGCGCAAUCUGAAUCCGAAUGUCAACGUCAUACUCAAUAUUAAUUUUUCAUCGAGAACGUCGUCCCUGGAUGUGCAGCGCACCCUGGAAGCCGCCGUAGAGAAACGCACUAAGGAUACGUAUGGCCCACCGAUGGGCAAGAGGAUUGCUUGCUUUAUUGAUGACAUGAACAUGCCGCAGGUGGAUGAUUACGGCACCCAGCAGCCAAUCGCCCUGCUAAAGCUUUUCUUCGAACGCGGCGGAAUGUACGACCGCGACAAGGAUCUUAACUGGAAGAGGUUCAAGGACCUAACCUUCUACGCAGCCAUGGGCACGGCGGGUGGCGGCCGAAACGAGGUGGAUCCCCGCUUCAUCAGCAUGUUCUCCACCUACAACAUCGUUUUCCCCAACGACGAAUCCCUCAUCCAGAUCUACUCUUCCAUUUUUAAAGGACACAUGCAAUUCGUAAAGUUUGACGUCAAGUAUAUGAUGAUUGCUGAUAUGAUUGUUGUUAUGACACUCAAGUUAUUCAAGAUGGUAAUUGUGGAUUUGCCGCCGACGCCGUCCAAGUUCCACUACAUAUUCAAUCUAAAGGAUUUAUCACGCAUUUUCGCCGGCCUGCUGCUCAUCGAACCCACUUGCUUCAAAAACCUAAGAGAUCUCAUUCGUGUGUGGCGCAACGAAUUCACCAGGAUCAUCUGCGAUCGCCUAAUAUCUGAUCAGGACAUCAAUGGCGUUCGACGCAAUCUCGCUGCCGAAGUAUCGGAUCGUUUCCCACCUACCUUUGAGGAGGAAAACGGAUUCAUUGAUGCGGCAGCCGCCGAGGCAGAGGCUCAGGCUCGACUUCUGUACGAACCUGAUCCCAAAGCGGUUACCAACGACUUCGAUAUGAGUAUGGGUGAAGAGGAGGGCGAAGAGGAGGAAGAGGGUGAGGAUGCUCCUCAGGUGAUACUUUCCCUAAAGGACUAUGUCCUCCGCGAUCCCAUGCUGUUCGGCGACUUCCGAAACUUUACCAACGAGUCGGAGGCUCGCUUGUACGAAGACCUGCUGGACUACAACUCUGUAUACCAUCUCUUCACUGAGAUUCUAGACGAGUAUUGUGAGCGGAAACAGAAGAUGACCCUCGUCCUGUUCGAGGACUGUCUGGAACACUUGACCCGUGUGCACCGUACCCUUCGUAUGAACCGUGGCCAUGUCCUGCUCAUCGGCGUUGGUGGCAGUGGAAAAAAGUGCAUCACCCGCCUGGCCUCGUUCGCUGCCGAGUGCGAAGUCUUCGAGAUCACUAUUUCCCGGGGCUACAAUGAAGCAGCAUUCCGCGAGGACCUCAAAGUCCUGUAUGGCAUUGCGGGCGUAAAGCGAAAGAAGGUGGUGUUCCUCUUCACGGCUGCUCAGGUAGCCGAGGAGGGAUUCCUGGAGUUGAUCAAUAACAUUCUUACGGUGGGUCAAGUUCCAGCCCUGUUUGCCGACGAAGAUAAGGAUGGCAUUGUCAAUCAAGUUCGUAAAUUUGCCGAAGAAGAAGGCUAUUCUGCUUCCAAAGACUCUGUUUGGUCUUAUUUCCUACGCACUUGUGCUGAAAACUUGCACGUGGUUCUGUGCAUGUCUCCGGCUGGUGACGCCUUGCGAAAUCGUUGCAGGAAUUUCCCUGGUCUCAUUGGCAGCACAUACAUAGAUUGGGUCUUCCCAUGGCCCAGACAGGCACUGUAUGCCGUGGCCAAGCUUUUCCUCACAGAGCACCCCCUGAUUCCGGCAGCUCAUCGCGAUGCCAUUGUGGAGCAUGUGGUGCAUGUGCACACCACCAUACAGCAGUACUCUAAGGACUAUCUGGCCAAGCUGAGGCGUAAUAAUUUUGUGACUCCGAAACACUACCUAGAUUAUAUCAAUACCUAUAGGGGAUUAUUGGAGGAGAAGGCGAAGUUCAUCACCCAACAACGUUCUCGACUCGGGGAGGGUAUCAAGAAAAUCGAAGAGGCUUCGGUGCAAAUCGACGAACUGCGUAUCAUUGUCACGGAGCAGAAGAAGAAUGUGGCUGUGGCUUCGGAGGAGUGCGAGGCCAUGUUGGUCACCAUUGAGGCUUCAACACAAAAGGCAAACACAAAGAAAGCAGAGGCCUCCGAAAAGUCCGUAGAAGUGGAGAUCAAGGGCAAGCAGAUUGCCGUUGAAAAAGACGAGGCUGAGGUGAUCUUGGCCGAUGCUAUGCCGGCCCUGGAAGAGGCGAGAAGGGCUUUGUCCGAGCUGGAGAAGGCACAGAUCACUGAAAUCCGAUCCUUCGCCACUCCGCCGGCUGCCGUGCAGGUGGUCUGCGAGUGUGUGGCCAUUUUGAAGGGAAUCAAGGAAAUCAGUUGGAAAUCGGCCAAGGGAAUGAUGAGCGAUGUUAACUUCUUGAAGAGCUUGAUGGAGAUGGACUGCGAAGCACUGACCCAGAAACAGAUCACCUCCUGCCGGCAGCACAUGAAAACCCAAAACCUGGACGACAUGGGGAAGAUCUCUAUUGCCGGUGCGGGUCUGUUGAAAUUCGUAAAAGCCGUGUGUGGCUUCUUCGACGUUUACAAAGAAGUGAAGCCCAAGAAGGAGCGGUUAGAGUUCCUCGUGGAGGAACAGGAUGUGCAGAUCAAGCUUCUCAGUCACCUUAACUCUGAAAUUCAGAAGCUGGAGGAUAAGUUGGCAGAGUUGAAUGAGAACUUUGCCGUCUCCAUGAAGCAAAUGAAAGCCCUGACGGAAAUGAUGCAGCAGGCUGAGAGGCGUUUGAUCGCCUCCGACAAGCUGAUCAGCGGUCUCACUUCCGAGUUGAUCCGCUGGAGCAAGGAGAUGGCCAGUCUGGGCCAGCAACUGAUCGACAGCGUCGGCGUUUGCCUUAUAAGCGCCUCGUUCCUGGCCUACACAGGCGCCUUCACUUGGGAGUUCCGUAAAACCAUGGUUUUUGAUGAUUGGCUGGAGGAUAUUAUCUCUUUAGGUAUUCCCAUGAAGCUCCCCUUUAAGAUAGACGGGUACCUCACCACCGACGUGGAAAUUUCGCAGUGGAGUAACGAGGGCCUUCCGCCUGAUGAGCUCUCCAUCCAGAACGGCAUCCUAACUAUGCGGGCUUCCCGAUUCCCCCUCUGUAUUGAUCCCCAGCUGCAGGCCCUGCAAUGGAUCCGCAAGAAGGAGAUGCGCAACAACCUCAAGGUGCUCUCCUUCAGUGACGCCGACUUCCUCAAACAACUGGAGAUGGCCAUCAUGUACGGAACUCCCGUACUGUUCGAGGACGUCGACGACUACAUUGACCCGGUAAUCGACGACAUCCUUCAGAAAAACAUUCGGCUUCAGGGUGGUCGCAAGUUUGUCAUGCUGGGAGACAAGGAGGUAGACUGGGACCCGGGCUUCCGUGUAUACCUCACCACAAAGUUCUCCAAUCCAAAGUUCGAUCCUGCUGUAUAUGCCAAAGCCCUGGUCAUCAACUACACAGUGACCCAGACCGGUCUAGAGGAUCAGCUCCUUAGUGUAGUCGUGGGCACAGAGCGGCCGGACUUGGAGGCUCAGCGUGAGUCCCUCAUUGCCCAGACCAGCGAGAACAAGCAGUUGCUGCAACAGCUUGAGGAUUCCCUGCUCCGUGAGUUGGCCACUUCAACGGGCAACAUGUUGGACAACGUGGAGCUGAUAGAGACGCUGGAGAACACCAAAACCAAGGCUGGCGUAGUGAUGGAACAACUUAAACUGGCUGCCGAUACGGCGGCGGAUAUUGAGAUUUUGCGAAACGGUUACCUUCCAGCCGCCAAGAGGGGAGCCGUGCUUUUCUUCGCACUGGCGGACAUGGCCACCGUGAACAGCAUGUACCAGUACGCACUGGCAGCCUAUCUGGAUGUCUUCGUCUACUCCCUGCGAAAAGCUGUGCCCGAUGCCAGUCUCCACAAGCGGCUAAAUAACAUCAUCAAGACACUAACCGAAAACGUGUAUUGCUACGGAUGCACUGGCAUCUUCGAGCGGCACAAGUUGCUCUUCUCCUUCCAGAUAGCCACCAAACUCGCCCAGCGGGAUGGCAUUCUUCUGCAGUCCGAGCUGGACUUUUUCAUUAAAGGCAGCAUUGCGCUGACCAAGAGCGAGCGUUCGAAUCCCUGCAAAUGGUUACCCGAGAAGAGCUGGGAGGAUCUGCUCAAACUGGCCUUUGAUUUUCCCGAGGCUUUUGGAACUCUGCCGGAUCACUUUGGACGUUUUCUAGACGAAUGGAGGGCGUGGUACGACUUGGAGAAUCCCGAGGAGAUGCCAUGUCCGGGAGACUACAACAUCAAAUGCAAUGCAUUCCAGAAAUUAAUGUUCCUGCGGUGCUUCCGGGUGGAUCGAAUCUUCCGAAGCAUAAAUCAAUACAUAGUAGACACCAUGGAUGAGUUCUAUAUUAUGCCACCGGUGGUGAGCUUUAUGGCCAUUUACGAGCAGACCACUUGCAAUAUCCCGGUCUGCUUUGUGCUCAGCGCUGGCUCGGAUCCCACCAACGAUCUCAUCAAACUGGCUGACACUAUCGUUGGCAUGUCCAACUUUUCGCACAUCUCCCUGGGACAGGGCCAGGAGAAAGCUGCCAUGCGGCUAAUGGACACGGCCAUCAAGCAGGGUAUGUGGCUUAUGCUUCAGAACGGGCACCUGCUGAUUAAGUUCGUUCGCGAGCUGGAGAAACAUCUGGACCGCAUCGAGAAUCCGCAUCCAGACUUCAGGUUGUGGAUUACCACAGAUCCCACUCCUAGCUUCCCGAUUGGUAUUUUGCAAAAGUCCUUGAAGGUGGUCACUGAGCCCCCCAACGGUCUGAAGUUGAAUCUGCGCUCCACCUACUUCAAAGUACGGCAGGAGCGCCUCGAGAGCUGCCCCCAUCCCGCGUUCCGGCCCCUCAUCUACGUGCUGGCCUUCUUCCACGCCGUCGUCCAAGAACGGCGCAAGUACGACAAAUUGGGCUGGAACAUAGCGUACGACUUCAAUGACACGGACUUCGAGGUGUGCACCGAGAUCCUGCGCACCUAUCUCACCCGUUGCAUGGGCGCAAAGAUACCCUGGAACAGCUUGAAGUACCUUAUCGGCGAGGUGAUGUACGGCGGACGGGUGAUUGAUGACUUUGAUCGGCGCAUCACCAACUGCUACAUGAACGAGUACAUGGGCGACUUUUUGUUUGACGAAUUUAAUCAGUUCCACUUCUACGAGGACGACAAUGUGGACUACUGCCUGCCGGACGAGGAGACGGUGCUGAAGGAGGACUACAUAGCGCACAUCGACAAACUGCCGCUGGUCAACAAGCCGGAUGUGUUUGGUUUGCAUCCGAACGCGGAAAUCGGUUAUUACACAAUGGCAGCACGCAGCAUUUGGAGCAGUUUGAUUGAGCUUCAACCGCAAACGGGUGAGGGCACCGGCGGAAUCAGUCGUGACGACUUCAUCGACUCUGUGGCCGCCGGGAUACUGAAGAAACUGCCAGCCGCGUUCGAGACGUGGCGCAUCCGCAAACAGAUCCAGAUGAGCCUGUCACCCACUGGGGUGGUGCUGCUGCAGGAGCUGGAUCGCUUUAACCUGCUGGUGGUGCGCAUCAAGAAGACCCUGGAGCUCCUUCGAAAGGCCAUAGCUGGCGAAAUCGGCAUGGACAAUGUGCUGGACAACAUUGCCAACUCUUUGUUCAAUGGCCUCCUGCCAGCCGCGUGGAGCAAACUGGCGCCUGCGACAUGCAAGCAGUUGGCCAGCUGGCUGGAGCACUUGCGGCUUCGCGCCGUUCAAUACAAAUACUGGUGCCUAUCCGGAGAACCCCUGGUCAUGUGGCUGUCUGGACUUCAUAUACCGCAGAGCUAUCUCACGGCCCUGGUGCAGAUUGCCUGUCGCAAAAACGCCUGGCCCCUGGAUCGCUCCACCCUGUUCACCUACGUAACCAAGUUUGCGGACCCCGACGAUGUGGAGGAACGUCCAGUGACGGGCUGCUUUGUGCAUGGUCUGUACAUAGAGGGUGCUCGCUUUGACUUGGGCAUCAAUCAGCUGGCGCGUUCCCAUCCCAAGAUCUUGGUCGAGGAGCUGGCCAUUCUCGCCGUGGAGCCCAUAGAGGCGCAUCGUCUCAAGCUGCAGAACACCUUCCUGGCCCCCGUUUACACAACAUCGCUGCGCAGGAAUGCGAUGGGCGUGGGCCUGGUCUUUGAGGCAAACUUGGCCACUUCCGAGGAUCUAAGCCACUGGAUAUUGCAAGGCGUUUGCCUCACGCUCAACACGGACACCUAAGUUAUAGAGUUUCAAAAAAGACUGAUCAUAGUUUGGUAUCGAUUCUUUUUUCAA